UUCACGAGCAGGUCUAAUAGCUGCCUCAGUCAGAAGACACGGAGCCGAGUACCCUCAACUACCCCAAUACAGCUCACACUGGAAGCCAUGAACACCACUGUGAUGGAGGGCUUCAACAGGUCCCAGCAGUGCCCCAGGGACACGUGGAUAGUACAGCGGGUGUUCCCAGCCCUCUACACCGCCGUUUUCUUCACCGGCAUCCUGCUCAACACCUUGGCCUUGUGGGUGUUCGUGCACAUCCAUAGCUCCUCCACGUUCAUUGUCUAUCUCAAAAACACUUUGGUGGCCGACUUGAUAAUGACACUCAUGCUUCCGUUUAAAAUCAUCUCCGACUCCCGUCUUGGACCCUGGCAAGUCAGAGCCUUCGUGUGUCGUUUCUCGGCCGUCAUCUUUUAUGAGACCAUGUACGUGGGCAUCAUCCUGCUGGGCCUCGUAGCUUUUGACAGAUUCCUGAAGAUCAUCAGACCUUUCGGGAAAUAUAGUGUACAGAAACCUGUGUUUGCAAAAACAGUCUCAACCCUCGUCUGGUUCCUUCUGUUCCUCAUCUCUCUGCCAAACAUAAUCUUAAGCGACAAGGAAGCCACACCAUCAUCUGUGAAAAAGUGUGCCUCCUUAAAGGGUCCUCUGGGGCUGAAAUGGCAUCAAGGCGUGAAUUACGUAUCCCAGUUCAUUUUCUGGACCGUUCUGGCCCUAAUGCUUCUGUUUUAUGUGGUGAUUGCAAAAAAAGUAUACAAUUCCUAUAGAAGGUCAAAAAGUAAGGACAGCAGAAAAACCAAGAAGCUGGAAGGUAAAGUAUUUAUCGUCGUGGCUGUCUUCUUUGUGUGUUUCGCUCCAUUUCAUUUUGCCAGAGUUCCGUAUACUCAUAGUCAAACCAACAGUAAGACGGACUGUAAAUUGCAAAAUCAACUGUUUAUAGCUAAAGAAACAACUCUCCUUUUAGCAACAACUAACAUUUGUAUGGAUCCCUUAAUAUAUAUAUUUUUAUGUAAAAAAUUCACAAGCAGGCUAAUAAGUCUGACAGGGAGAAAGACCACAGCAUCAACCCAAGAAAAUCAUACCAGUCAGACAGACAAUAUAACUCUAAGUUGAUAACCUUAUCACGGCUAACUUCUAUUUAUGGACAAGACUUUGAAAGACAAUUUAUUUGAAAAUUACAUUUAAGCAAGGACCAGAAAAAAUAAAGAUGGAAACAAAUGUUUUCUUAUAUUUCAUUAUCCUGGUGUAUGGAAAAGAUUAUAUAAAUUUUAAUUCCACAUAGAUCUGUUCAUAAACAAGAUGAAGUACAAAUAGAAGGCAACGGAAAGCAAACGGCCACUAGAGGUCAUCUUUUAGAGAGCACUCACUUAAAUUUUGGAAAAGACUAUACAUGUAGUCCGAAAAACCCCCUCUCCAAAACACCUUCUCACAUUCUUUUACGCAUAUAAUACAAACAACGCUAUUGCCUUUGUAUCCCACAAAUGUUGGUACUUGGCUGAUAAAAAAUAAAUAAAUAAAACACCUCGAAAGUCCUUUUGUAAAAGAAAACUGAAGUUAGGGUUUGACGGGAUGCUAGAUAUGAAACGUCUGGGAAGCUGAAGGCAGUCAGAAAGCCCUUUGAAAGCCCAGAUGAAGGAGCUUCUCCUUACACUACAAAGCGCCUUUCCCACCUUAUUCCAUCACACCAAAGGCGGCCCGAGCUCCAUUAUUAAGCUACAUAUCAUAAAACAUUCUACUACCAUCAUACUUGGCUUAUACCCCAAGUGUGGACAAUUCAAGGACAAGAAUAGUGUGUUAUUAUUCAGUAAAUACUCUAACGGUGGUUGCAUGUGCCACCUUCUCAGCAAAACCUACCUGGGCCACAACCUCUAUUCUCAAGCCUCACACCUCUGGUUGAAAAUAAAGACUUCUCCCACUGUUUGUAUUGAUUAGGGCCCUCACUGCAGAUUUCCCUUCACUAGUUCGCUGUAUUCUUGACUGCAUCCCCCAAAGAUGUUUAGAAGUCUCUAAGAAAGACAUGUUUUGAAGAUAGAAAACGUCAUGUUUUCUUAGUAUCUCCCACAAGCCAUUACCUUCUAGAGAAAAUGCACAAAGGAGUAGUCGCGUUCUGUAAAUGUGCCUCUAGCUCCAACAUCAACCCCAUAAGGUGAAACCCAGGCCUCUUUCCAUGCCCUCAGAAGCCGUGGAGGACUUGGAACUUCCUACUUUCCUGGCCUUAUCUCCUAAAUGCUCUUCCAUCCCUGAAACUUUACACUCUUCUACAAAUUAGUAACUGUCAGAACACGCCAGGCUCCUUUUUGCCCCUGUGAAAUCACACGUGUAAAUUUCCCUCUGACUCGCCGAGAAAACUCUUAUUUAUCCAGGAAACCCCAGGUUGCCAUCACUAAGUCCAUGAAAUCUUACUGGCCAACCUCCCACCACCGUCUCAAACCCAGUCACUCCCUUAUCUGUCACACCUCAAUUAUUGUACUUAUCACACUGCUUUGUAAUGACUUGCUCGCACGUGUACCUACUCUUUUAAUAACCUAUGUACACUUCUGAGGGCAGAGAUGGUGUCUCAUUGUGCAAUCAAUAAAUAUUUGAUAAAUAAACCAAACUGGUUUUAUUUUUACAUACUAGAAAAGGAAAAGGGAAGCCAACUCUCACUGAUGUUUUUAUUAUCAAAAGAUGAUGUAAAUUUCUUGAAACCUCAAGCUCUUGUCAGUUGCCUUCCUAUAGCAUGUACGUGGGCCUGGGACGUGGGGACGCUGGGGGUUCUCUAGCGAAUGCUCCUGAAAGGAGCAGGGGUACUGAACAGGACGUGGAUAGCUGAGGGGCUAGUGUCUAUCCACAGCUCAGUUUUAAAGCUGCUGACAAAAUGCUUUAACUAUGUAUUGUUGGUUUUAGUUAAAUAAAAUUUGUAACUGUAGCAUAUUACAAUCUCCAAAACUCUCCUUUUAGAAGUACUCUUGA